UUCAUGAUGGCGUUGUCCGUGACGGCGCUGGCACGUUGACUUCUACGAGCUGUGUGGAGUUUUUCCUCCCCUCGUCUUCGUCUCCGGGUCAUUUUGUCGGUGGAUGAAGUCGGCAGAUAAACUCCCAUUUUAGUAAAUAUCUGCGGAAGUGAACCGCUGAUCAUGUCUCUUCACAGACUGGCCUUCAGGCUGCGGCCAACGGUGACACAUGUCAGGAGUCUUCAUAGCAGUGGAUAUGUCCAGCAGCAGGAAGCUGUGGCUGUGGAGCCAGAACCAGAGUCUGUGUCCAUUUUCAGGACACAGGAAAAAGAUCCAGCUUGCCACUCAGACAAACAUGUGGGACAGUUCUACACCCUGUCUUCUGCGCAUGUCCGGCCUCUUUUUCCUGACAGCUUUCCUUGGCGCUAUCAGCAACAGAGGAAGACGUUCAAUGAGACCUGCAUCAUGGUGCGGCAGCCGGCCUUGGAGGUCAUCUCUUACCUUAAAAACGCCGACUACAGCCAACCUUCCCUGAGAUAUGUAUUCUACGGCCUGAAGGGGACAGGGAAAACAAUGUCUCUUUGUCACACGGUCCACUUCUGCUACACACAGGGAUGGCUGGUGCUUCAUGUCCCUGAUGCCCACUUGUGGGUGAAGAACUGUAAAGAGCUGAUGCCAUCGUCCUAUAAGUCGUCUCGCUUUGAUCAGCCGCUUCAAGCCACCACGUGGCUACGCAACUUCAAAAUCACCAACGAACAUUUUCUUCCAAAGAUAAAACUAAAGGAGCGGUACGUGUGGACGAAGAGGGAGGCCACCGAGGCAGGAAGUUCACUCGGAGAGUUGGUGGAUCAGGGCAUAUCCCGAGUAAAGAGCAGCAGCGAUGUGGUGGGAGCGGUGAUGAAGGAGCUCAGGCUGCAAAGCGGCGAACCGGGAGCGGACUUCCGCCUGGCCGUGGCUGUGGACGGUGUGAACGCCCUGUGGGGAAGAUCCACCAUCAAGAAGGAGGACAAGACCGCCGUGGAUCCAGAGGAGCUCACUUUGGUCUAUAACCUGAAAAAGCUGAUGAAGAACGACUGGAGCGGCGGCGCCAUCAUUACCACUCUGUCUCAGACGGGCUCUCUCUACUGUCCAAAAUCCGCCUACUUGCCUCAAGAUCUUCUCGGAGAGAGAGGCUUUGACAGCAUGGAUCCGUUCAUCCCCGUAUCGGUGCCCAGCUACAGCGAGAAGGAGUUUGAGAGCUGUUACCUUUACUACAUGGACCGGAACUGGCUGCAGCACCCACAGAGCCGAACAGAAGAGGGGAAGAAAGAACUCAUCUUUUUGUGUAACAUGAAUCCAUCCCUGUUCGAAAGACUGUCUGGCUACUUAUGAAGUCAUUUCAUCACAACAAUGCCACCUCAUUAGAAACAUACAAACGCUGUGGUGUGUAUCAUGCUGUAAAUUAUUCUACUUUGUUGUUUUCAUAAUAAAACAUUAUCAAGAAAAACUGUUUGUUUUUUUAUCUUUAAGAAUAUCACUAACAAUUUUACAAUUUGAAGAACUUGGGUCAA